UGCUGGAGUUCACGUUUAAACGACUGCACGCUCGGUCGACGAUCGGCAACAGUUGUACGUGUACUGUUAUACCUGCCACUACAGUGCACCGCCAACUACAAGUACGCGUACUUACCGUCGUAGCGGAGAAAUAAUAAUAUUUUUUCAAUAUCAUCAUCAUGAUUUGCAUUCGUGCUCUCGUCGGCCUUUGCAUCUUGCAGGUCGCAGUUUCCGGUCAAAGUGUAUCUAAAUCCUCGGAAACGCUCACCGGACUCUUCUUAAAGGUAUGGAAAUUACCAACGAUGACCAGCUGGUAUCGGAUAUUGGAUUCACGAACCCCAAUAACGCAACAUAAUCAAAUUCAUCGACUUUUUUCACAUAAAUUUUGUCCGUUUUAACUUUCAUUCAAUUAAGUUUUAUUCGAAAUUGUACUAAAAUAUCGAAUACUUAUCAGUGAACCCUGGAAGCCCCCUCAUAGAGCCGUUAUGGCGUUAUAACUGACAGACACUGUACUCGUAUUUUAUAUAAUAUAAUUAUUCAUAAUCAUACUAGAGUGUAGUAUUCAAUUUGUUCAAUUUUCACAGGCUACUUCUGGCGAAAAUUUCAAUUACGUGUCAGCCCCGUUCGCAGGUUCGGCGAUUUUAGCACUGGCGGCUGAGGGAGCCGAGGCGGGAACCAAAAGCCAACUCAUUGAUGUCUUGGGCGGCGAACUCCCGGACAAGAACUCGUACAAGGAAAUGUUUACAUCCAUCAAAGUAUAACAAAACGUUUUGUUUUAUAAACAUGUAUAUAUAUGUAUAUCUUUAUAUGUAUAAUUCUACUGUACGUGUGUAUGUCACUGAAUUCCUCCUAAACGGCUGGACUGAUUUUGACGAAAUUUUUUAUGUGUGUUUGAAUGGGUCCCUGGAUGGUUUAGAAUCACAAUUGGGCCCGAUAGGUGGCGUUGCAAGGGUAGAUGACACAGAGUAAUUAGUAUAUUUAGUACAGCAAUUUUUCUUUGUUGAUUUAUGGGUUACCUUGAUGAUACGGAUGAAAUUAAAAAACAAAAAAAAUAAAUAAUCAGUAAGAUAUUCUGUGUAAGUUGUCCCAAAAUUGAAAUGUUCAUUCUGAUAUAAAAUGAAUAAAUAAAAAUUCAUCAGAGGGCGCCAAGAGAGUGAUACAAUCUAGUUAUUAUUUUUUUUAAAUAUAAACUUGAAUAUAUCGGCAAAUACGCACAUUUAUAUUAUAUAGGUAUGUAUAAAUGAAUUUAUAUAUUUUCGCCGACGCCAAUUUUUAGAAAAUCUACCGGAAAAGUUUGAAAUUUAGAUGGUAUUCAAGUUAAGGCAUCGCCGACAAAAUAUCGAUCCAUUUUUAUAUACAGAUUAACAACUGAAUUAUUUACUUUAUAUUAAUAUAAAUUGUCGGCCAAUGUUCACAUGAAAGUAUAAAACAAACACCGUGCCGUUUGCGAACGAAAAUUAGCUAUAAUACGGUACACGCGCUUUCCCGCUGUCGAGCGUCUCCACUCCCUAAUAAGUUAGAUUAGGCUUAACUUCCUUUAAAAUCCACCAACCCUCCUCAUUUAAAAAAAAAAAAACGAGGUUUCUUUAUUUCUCGUACGAAAAUCAUGAAAAAAAUGUCAUAUUGAACACAUUUAGGCCGCCGCAGGUGGACUACCCACUUUCCACCUAUUUUUUUUCAUUCAAUUCUAACACGGCCGAAACCAAAAAUGAAUAUGGGUAAAAUAAUAAUAAUGAAAAUUGGCACGAGCAACGCCGGGCGUGGGACAACUAGUAUAUAUAUAUGUAGAUUUAGCGAUUUUGUAAUCAACCCUAACAUUGCAAUAUACGUAUUAUAAUGACUUAUAGGGAUACCCGUCCGACGGUAACUGGAAGAACAAGGUGGUUUUAAAAAACUUCCUAUAUGUAUACAAAAACUACAGCGUUCUUGAGUCGUUCGCCGAACUCGCCCGGGAAAAUUAUUUGACGGAAGUGAAGAGCGUCACCAGACCGAACUUGGAAAUUCCAGGCACUGCCGAAGACACUUCCGCCUCGGAUACUGGUAACGCUUUUUUUUACAUUUUUUUUAAAUUAAGUAUAAUAUAAGUGGUGCGAUGUAUGGGAUUCAGUCAUCUUAAAUUUGGAGUACAAAUAGCUAUCAGAGAAGACUGCAACUUUUUAGAUUUCAAUAUUUAUAAAGUUAGGUUGUAGGGCUUCAAAUGUAUACGGUCAGAAAAAAAGAAGAUAACUUUAUUUUUUAAAACUUUUCAGGAAAUUAAAAAAAAGUUUUAAAUUCUGAGUGGAGCGAAGAAGCUUAUAUUUUUAUAAAGAUGUUUUUUUUUUUUUAUCUGUGAACAACUUUUCUACCUACAAUUCUGCUCUAACUUAUAAUUAUAGCAAUUUUUCUAAAAGAAAAUUUGAUAGGGGAAGUUAGAGGUACUUAAGAUAGGUCAUUUUUCGAUUUUCUCAAGAGUUUUCUUAUCAAAUUUGGAAAACCGAAAAAAACAGAGGAAAAACGGAAAAACGUAGGAAAACUUACCUACUAAAAUUACCGAAUAUAAUAUCGGUAACACUGCGUCCAGUGGUUUUCGCGCAAAUCGCCACUAAGUAUUGGGCACACGAAAAACACGUUAAUCAACGUCAAUAAACUAACGGUAUUUCUUUUAGCGUUUUUUUUUUCGCGAAAUGAAAUCGUUGUGCUUAAAAUAUUAGCAUAUUUGAAUAAUAAUAGUAUAAAACCACUCGGUGUUUUUUAACCGGACGCAAUUGCUUAUACUGUUAAUAAAUAGAAGUAAUUAUUAUAUAGGUAGCAUAAUGUAUACAAAUUUAUAAUAUAUCGUGUAUUUAAUCCAUGUCGUUAAAUGAUAUACACAUAUAAAAUGUAAAUAAAUGCUAAUAAUUUCAAUUAAGAUUUCUUGCGUGCAAUUUAAAUUGUUAUUUUUCUUCAUGACAAUGUUCGGGGAAGGGAAAGCAUCAUAAUAAUAUUAUUUUCUAUAUAUGUAUCAUGUCAGUACACGUAUGUACGAAACUAGCAAACAAAAAAAGGAUACCAUAAUAUCAUAACUAUUUGAUAUUCGUAUUUGUUUAAUUUAGUUUGAUAUAUAUAUUUUUUUUUAAACCCGAUAAACCCGAUUUUUCGCCAAACCCCUCGAAACCUAACUUAACCUAUAAUUAUAACUCAAUCAAACACUAGUUGAUUGUAUACAUAAUAUUGUAAAUCGGCAAAAUAUAUUUCAAUUAUUAUGCUACGCCAAAAUCUGUUUUUUUAGUAAUAGUAAUCCAAACCGAUUUAUGAAAUUUGGUGUUAAUAAUUAUGAUUAUUAUGAAUCCGACCCGACAUAAUCUAUCCAGAUUGUAUGGUCAACACCAAACUACACAUUAAUCAAAAAAUGACCUUUUUUAAAACACCACCCCAGUCGAAUAUUCUGUAAGAAAAAGUGCUACACAUGAAAAUCGGAGCAAAGUCUCUGGUAGAAAAGUUGUUUAUGGAAAAAAAAAAAUAAAAUAAACACCGCUGUAAAACCAUUAUAUUCCUCACUCUGUUCAGAAAUCUAAAAUAAAAAAAAAAAAAUUUUGUAUUCCUUCAUACACUAAUUUAUAUUGUACAUGCCACAGCUGCCUCUCAAUAUGAUUAUGUCUAUUGCAAAAUAUGUUUUAUACACUACAAUAACAAUAAUGGUUUUCAUUUUUCAGCGUUCAAAGAACACGCCAUGUUGAUAUUCAACGGUUUUUCGUUGGAAAUGAGUUGGCCGACCAGCACGUGGCACAGGACGUCUCUGUCGUGGAACGGUAAUGUGGUCCGAGCAUUCGGCGCGGCCGGUAACUUCGCCAUCGGGCAGAUACCGUUACUAGAUUCUACGGUGUUUCAAUUGCCGUACAAGGUACGCACAUCGUUAUUUUAUUUAUCGGACAUUUGAUUUUCGUUUAAACUUAAUUUUACACACGACCAUUGUGCAACCGGUUGCAAAUGAUUGGGACUCAGAUUCGAACGUAGCUUGAAAAAAAAUAAACAGAUUUAUCGGGACCUGCAGGUAUUUCAAAUUUGAGUUGUAUUUCUGAUUUUUCGAGUGCGUUCACGUAUCAAUCCGCUUUAACGGAGCUUUAAUCGGUAUACGAGAUGUAUUUCCAUUGCUCUGUUUGUUGUUAUAGGCACUUUAUGUUAGGCAGUAGAUUUUGACAGAGAGUAGAAAGUGUGCGCGGAAAUUUAAUGAAAUUUGUUUGAAAUGUGUAUAUUGGCCUGUCUGUGAAUGUCGGUGAGGUGUGCCUGUGUAAUUUAUAUAUUAUUUGUUGUCUCACGAAAAUGUUAAAAAAAGCGAAUUUUUUAUUUGUGCUUUUUUGUGGAUUUGGUGAGUUUUUCUUUAAUGGCGAAAAGAUUCGUGGAUUGUUGAUGAACGAGUGACUGUCUGUAAUUUGACGGAAGGGGACGUUUUAAAUAGUUAGUGUCCGGGUUAGACAAUAUAGAUAAACAUAGUUUAUUCAAUAAAAUCGGUUGGAAAAGUUACGAAUGUUUUACGUAUUAUAUUAUUUUCUUAUAUUAUAGUUACUAAUAAAAAAUACCGCAGAAGAGUAUUUCGGGAAAAAUAUAACCUCCUCCCAGAAGUUUAGAAAAAUAUACAUUCGACUAUUUCCAAAAAGUAUUUAAAUAUCUGUUUAAUUGUUUUCCCUAAGUACCUACUAAUUAAUUCAUGCCAGUUUCGUAACAACAGCAUGGAAUUAACGUUUUAAUAUUUUACGCCCAAUAUUUUACUAAAUAAACUGAUUAGUGAUUACUGGUUAGCAUAACUAAUCGAAUAUUAUAUUGUAUUAUUACAGUAUACUUUGUAUUACAAAAAUGUUUUGAUUUAAAUCCCUCUUUCUUUUAAUUUGAUGUACCUAGUAAAAUAGGUACACCGCAUGUUAUUAUAUUUCUACUAAUAAUAAUACUUUAUAAUAUUUUUAAAAAAAAUCCUGUAUUUUUUUUCCCCCAUUUAAAUCCUCUACUCUAAAUUCGAGUCCGAGUAGUUUAUUAUGGCAAUUAUUAUGAUUGAAUAUUGUGAUACAAAAAUAUUUGUGUAGUAUAUUUUUAUAGAUUACUCAUUAGUUACUUAUAUUCAAAUAUUAUAGUGUUCGACGCAUUAAUAAUUAUCGUCGCCCGUCCUGUCUAUUUGUAUACCACUUAAAUAAAACACUCCAUUAAUGAAAUCUAUUUUUAUUUUUAUCGCGUCACCAACCCGCCGAUAAAAUUGUAUUCAUCUAGGACACACCGAAAAUCAAUUUGAUAGCAAUAUGAAUACUGUGGUUAUUUUGAUAUAAAUUGUUCUUAUGAAAUUUAAGAAAUAAUACAACGUUUUAAAACAAUAUUAAAUCAUUAAUGAGCCAUUUAUUAUAUUUGUAUUAAAAAUAGAAGUAAAUAGAUACUACGUGUAUAAUUUAUUAUGAGGCCGUACAAAUCUGUGAUUUUAGAUUUACAGAUUUAAAUCAAUUAUUGGUGUCAGAAUAAAAGUAUUGUUUUGAUGAAUACAGCAUUUGAAAAAUAAAAUACUUUGAUACGUAUUCGAAUAUUUUUCUCGGAAGUAUUCAAAAUAAUAUUCGAAUAGAACAAAGUGGUGCAAUACUUUUAUUUGAAUACAUAUUUUGUUCGAACACUGCCCGUUAUCCACUUGCAACAGUAGCCAUUCGUCAGCAGUGACAACUUUAUAGCCUACCCACCUCCUCACGAAAAUAAAACCCGAUUUCGUCAUUCAGUUAUGUCGUCAUAAUUAUUAUUAACCUUUUAACAUGUUUCUUUUCCAGAACACCGACUACGCACUGCUGGUGAUUUUGCCGAAAAGCAAAGAGUCCUACUCAUUCGACGAGAUAAUAGAAAAGCUGCAAAAAGACGGUAUCAAAGAACUUACCAAGAACUUGGUGAUGAAACCAGCUUUCGUGACGAUGCCGUGUUUCCAUAGCAGUAACAUCACCAGUAUGAAAACUGUUUUGCAAGAAGUACGCGAAUAACAAUGCUAUAUUAUAUUAUAAUUAGAUAGAAUGUAAAAUAAUAGAAUAAUUAUUAAGGAUUGUAGAAUAUUUGAAGUCUUCCAAGAAACAACGAGAUAGCUCCAUUUUUUAAAAUUGUUCGGGAGUAAUAGAAACGUUUUUAUUUUUUCGGUUUCAUUUGAUUGCUGCACUGAAUUGUAGAGAAUUUUUCUCUUUACAUUUUGCAGUCAAAAAAUUAAUUUUCAAACAAAUUGGUAUUUUCUGACCGUUGCUUUGAGAUAUUCAAUUUUAUUUGAAACGCGGAAGUUAUCAAAUCUAUGUAAAUCAGUAAAUACGAGUAUACUACUUACAUUCAAUUUUACGGAUGUGUCGACAGUAUCAUUUACCAGUAUCAUCGUCGGCUAUCUAGCAAAACCUAGCUGAUCAAAAUCUUAACUUUUUCGGUAAAUUGUUAAGUUAGCUGAAGUUUUUCUCUUCUACUGCAGUAAAAUUUGUUAAAAUCAACUUACGAGGUUUGGCUGGCUAACCGAUGAUGGGCAAUAUAGGUAGGUACCGAACAUUUAUUAUUAGGUACAUAAUAAUAUUACUCGAUUGAUAUCUACCCAAUUUCAUAUUUAUUACGACGCUUCAUUAAAAGUCAAUAUUAAUAAUGUAUUUUACUUCUGAUAUUUGAUCGGGUUAUUUUUAUUAUUUUAGGGAAAUAUGUUCGAGUCUCUAUAAUAUACAGAAGAAAUAAAAAAAUUAAGGCUUUCCGCACUUUAAAGUUCACUAAACGAACAUUUCAUUAUUUUCAAGACCAUUUACUCCGUGCUCGUUAGUUUGAUCUUACCUAGAGUAUUGUUCUAUAUUCUUUGAUUAACAAUAUGAUAAAACAGAUGUAAGCUAUUGAAUCAAUACGAAAUUGUUUUUAAGAUUUAUUGCAUUCAAGUUCUAUAUUGAUAGACAAUUAACAUGGUUACGUGAUUCAUAAUGUCAUAAUGUAUUGCAAUUCCUCACACCACUUCGUUAGAGGUGAACUCAUCUGCUUCUCAACCUAAUUUAUUAUCUGAUGAAAUACAUUUCCGUUAACUCAUCCCUCAUCCAAUCUAAAACGAAUUUCUUUAUUAUUAAAAAUCCAAAAUUCUUCUAGCCCUGUGCCUCCAGCAAAAAACUUAUUGAUUAAGAUCUCUGGUUAAUUUAUUAAUGCGUAAAGAUAGUGUUCUUAAAUUCGAUUAUAUUUAGUUUAAUAUAUCGGUUUACAGUCUUGGUUUUGAUAUUGUAAAACCCUUGGUUAUAGUUUUAUAUAGAUAUUGUUGUAACAUUUGCUGUGUUUGUUCCAUGUUUCUAUGUUUAUGAAUUAAUAAUAUUACGUCACUGCUUUCGUUGCUAUAGUGUUUAAUGUAUAAUCUUUAAUAGGAACUCGUGUCAGUAAAAGUAUUAAAUAAAUAAAUAAAUAAAAUAUAUUAUACGGAGUAAUCAAUCCGUGAUAAGACACUUUCCAUUUUCUUGGAAAAUAACACCUUUUUCGGAAUUUGUUUUCUUUUUGAUAAUUUAUGAAACAGUCAGUUUUAAAAUACACAAUUUUCGUUUUUUUUUUUUUUUUUGUCACCCUAAUUUUCGGGAGUGAAACCACUACCCACUUUUGAUAUUCAUUAUUAAACAUUUUAUAAAUAAACGAAAUUUUAGUUUAAAUACAUUUUGGCGUUGCAGUUAUUAAUUUCCGUUAACCCGUUGAUGAGAUUAUUACACAUAAGUUUGGGUAAAAGGGAAGUAGUAAUUUGUAUAGCACGCGGCGUUUGAGUAAUGCUCCACUAUACUCUCCCUCUACCCCCAAAACGGUAAACCUAAAAGUGUAAUGUCUCGUCAACGGAGUGACGGAAAUUAAAAAUGUCAACACCAAAAUAUAAUCGAACUAAAACUCCAUCCGUUUGUGGAUUUUUUAACACAGGUUGCUGUAUAAAAAGUGGGUAGCAGGGUCAAUCCCCAAAAAAAAACGAAAGAUAACGGUUGACAUAUAACAUUUUAGAGCAGCUCUUUUCUUAAAUUUAUUUCCGAAAAAUGUAAAUACUUUCCAAGAUAUAAUGAGUGCAUUAUCGAGAAUUUGAUACCUAAUCGGGCUGCACUAACCAAGGGUGUUUUAUUUUCAUAUUGACGCCAUCGCCGCGCAGACAGCCCAAGUGAAGGACAUUUUCUCAGAUUCUGCGGCUGACCUGUCAAAGCUUUCGUCGGACAACCUGUACUUGGACGACGUGGUCCAGCAGGCCGGCGUCCGGGUGUGCAUUGACGGCGCGACGUCGUAUUCGUUGACCAGUACGUAUAACGCCCCGUCCCGCGGUCGGGCACUGAAACGACUGUCGUCCGCAAAACGUGUUUCAGGUUCCGCGUUCACCGCCCAGAGAGUCAUCAAGGAAUCCGUGGUCGUCGACCGGCCGUUUAUGUACGCACUUUACAAUGUGGCCAACGGCGUCGUAUUCGUAGCCGGCAAACUCGACAGGCCCGUUUGGGAGGAAACAGACGACGCCGUCGACUCGGACAUCGAAACGAUCAAACUGUAGUUGAAAAGCAGCCACACCAGUCGUCCAGACUUCCAAUAACAUCUUUGUCCUAU